AUGACCUCACAGAAGCAUGAACAAUUUAGUCAUUCCUCUCAAAUAACUCCAAACUGUUUUGAAGAUGGUCUGAUCAUCCAGAAGCCCAUUACUGUGCACUCUCGUGCUAGAUGCUGGAAAAAUACUCUGGCUCGACGGAAGGGCAGGCACAUGGGUACUGGUAAGAGAAAGGGUACUGCCAAUGCUCGUAUGCCUGAGAAGGUGACAUGGAUGAGGCAAAUGCGGAUUCUGCGCCGUCUGCUCCGAAGACACCGGGAAUCCAAAAAGACUGACUGCCACAUGUACCACAGCCUGUACUUGAAGGUGAAGGGAAAUGUGUUCAAGAAUAAGCGAAUCCUCAUUGGGCACAUUCAUAAACCAAAGGCAGACAAGGCCCGGAAGAAGCUCUUGGCUGACCAGGCUGAAGCUCUCAGGUCCAAGACUAAGGAAGCACGAAAGCGUCGGGAAGAGCGUCUGCAGGCUAAGAAAGAGGAGAUCAUCAAGACUUUGUCCAAGGAGGAGGAGACUAAGAAAUGAUCCUCCCCUAUCUCUUCUGUACAUAGUACCCUUCUAUUUGGCUUAUACAAUAAAACUUGACAGACUGUCAAAAAAAAAAA